AUGUGGCGUUUAUCACCUACACUCUCGGCAUGGGCAUUCGAGCUCAAUCUAUUGGCAUUACAAGCUCUCGUUCCUUAUAGUACUGAUAAAAGAAAUGGCAGCCUAUCCCGCCAUAUCAGGACGCUUGUGGCAAUAUAUUUCAAUGGCGUGUACCUCUUCACCAUCAAAAAACAAGCUACACGUCCCGAUUUCGAUCCCGAAUCGGGUCGGCCCGUAUGGCGUGCAAUAUACGCUUGCCUCUUCAGCAUCUUCGUUUGUACCUUCAGGACUACCUACAAUCAUUUUACUCAGACGACCGCUUCUUUGAAGCCGUCGCAUGAAGAAAUGUUAAGCUGUUAUGAGAAAACCGAAACACGCCGACUAAUUCCCGUUUACAGAGUGUCGUAUCCGGCUUUUCGAUUUCUCGAUAAGUUAGCGCUCUCUGUUCAAACGAUGGCAAAUUCACCUGCUCCGUUGGGAACUCCGCCCUUGGUUCAUAAUGGAAGACUUAAUAUAUCCGGCUACUUUAAACAUUUCCUGCUAGGUCCAGUCUUGCGCUUUCCUUCAACCUUUCCACGCGUAUCGGGGGUUUUCUGGCGUAACAAGAGGCACAUUGCGAAUCUUUUAUUUAAUAUAUACAACUUCUGUUAUGAGAAAAACGCGUGGAGAUUAUUUGCUUUAGCCUCAGUUCUGGCGUUUUUCUAUUUUGAGCAAAUCGGCCCUGAGUUUCUGUGGUCUCUCAUUUACCACGAUGCGCUGGAAGUGGAUGGUAUAUAUUAUGAAGUGCGAUCCGCAGCCCUAUUCUCUCCCAGGCUUGAAAUUCGAACAAGGCCCGUGAAGGGAUCUUCAAUGGAGAAGUAUAAACGGGAUCGUCAAGAACUGGGUUAUACAUUUUACAAUAAUGAUGAAAUCGAAGCAAAAGCGCGCCAUCUGACCAAAAUUGUACCCAACUAUGACCACCUGAGUUUCAAUUGCCAGGCGUUUGUACAGAACUUAUUCCGCCGCAUUGUGGCCCAUGAGUUACCCCCGAAGGGUAAGAUACCGCCAGUACCACAUCGACAACGAACAUUGCACGGCUACCACAACCAAAGGAGCAAUGCUUUACUUGUUUUAGCUAUGUUUCCGAGACACUUUUCACCUUCUCUUGGGCUUAUUCUCUGGCUUCCGUGGCUCAAUUAUUGGUACGAAUAUAUCAUCUUCGUGACCUGCUCCUGGCAUGGCAAGCCUGCCAGCAACAGAGUCGCCCUCUUUCAAAUCUUAGCUUCUGCUGCGUUCUUGUACGUGUUCGACCUAUAUAAGAUUCCCGAGCGCGUGCGCGAGGUUUUCCCAGGCCUCGAUACAAGGGCCAUAGUCCCAAUGACAGAUGCGAAUACGCUACCAUGGUAUGAAUGGGUGUUGAAUUCAGACUUCUACCUCGGAAUUCUAUCAAUACCUAUUACUUUCGUCAACAUAGUGGUCAAACUUUACCUUUAUGACCAGCAUGUGGAUAAAGGACUCCCGAAAAUUAUGGCAACUCCUUGGCAUGAGGGCUUUGGCUUUGAAGGGAUGGAGAUAGAGGUCCAGCAUUUCGCGUCAGACCAGCCGACUAAUGGCUACAAUGUUACACCACUAGGUCUGAUACCAAAGAUCGACCAUGCCCGAAGAAACGCAGCUGGUAAAGAUACGGGCUUCGACAAAGGCGCAGCUCUAAGGAUUCGGAGGGGGUUCCACAAGUUGGCAGAUCUAGACAGUGAAAUUUAA